AUGGCGAACUAUCAUUUGUCUGAACCACCACCUGCCUCACCAAUUGGCCUCACAGGCACUUCUGUACCACUAGUCUCAGCAGCCAUAAGCAUAUCUAUCUUACAAUCACAAUUACCAUUAAUUCCAGACAGACUUGUUUUAACACCAAACAAAGACGAGUUUGAUUCAUUAGCACCAGUAUCAAUUAUUGACCCAUCACCAAGAAAUUCUGACAGUAGUAGUACAUGGCAGUCAACAUUUUAA